ACUAUGCAUUCACAACCCUGACCCUGACCCCUAACCUUAAUCCCUAACCUUAACCCUGACCCUCACUGGAACAUGAUCUCUUGUUCCAUCUCUAAUCACUUUGUUUAAUUACACAUCAUAACAUUUACUACUGAGUUUUUUUUAUAACAAACAUUGUGUGUGUAUGUGUGCGCGUGUAAUGACAUUUAUGACCUGUAUGAAUGAAUGACAUCCAAGUUUAUGAGGUGAGAGUGAAGGGGCGGGGCUUCACAGGCAGGAGGAAUUUUAAUUGGUAGUGCACAUGGGAGGAGAACACAUGACACAACCCACCCUCUGUCUCAUUUCACACACGCAGUCACAUAUGGGCAGGGCUUGAGUUGAAGCAUAAGCCACUAGAUGGCAGCAACUCAGUAGUUGAACACACACGCACACGCGCACACACACACACACACACAUUUACAUUAACGUUACUGUUUGUAUUAGUAUUAGUACAUUGUCUUUUCUAUUUCAUGCUGAACAUCUUUAAUUAAUCUUGUGACUAUUAAUUCAUUGAUUCACUCUUCACCCCCUAACCCCUGAAUAAUGCAGGAUGCAGUGAGUGUAGUGUGGUGAUCAGGAGGUCAUUAGCACGCGGCUGAUGUGAGAGGGAUUUACAGCGCGGCUUCAGCGGCCCGUGUGUGUGGAGGUGGGAUUGAUGAGAAUGAGACAGGUUUACUGCACACCUGUAAUGACGUCACAUCCCAUUCACACAGCUUUCACUACACACUGCACUCCUCACAGCAGGGAACCAGCAAGCUGCUGGAAACUCUGUUCAACAAAGCAAACAAGGAAAUGAUUGGAAACUACCAUAAUCUGUAUUUUCAUCUUCAUCCUCCUCCUCAUCACGGUUUUGUGCACGAGCCAACUUUACCGUUCGCGGCGCGCUGUCACGAGGAUGCGCAUCAUCGUCAUAAUCAUCAUCAUCAUCAUCCUCACCGCAGGCCCGGGGCUCGCGCAGGAGAAACCGGGCACGUUGAGCCUCAGCCCCGUCCUCGGGAGCGCGCGCGCAGCAGCAGCUGUAGUAGAAAGCCUCGGGCGAAGCGGCGGCGCAGCGCGAGCUUGAACACGGCGUUCGCGGAGCUGCGCGAGCUCAUCCCGCACGUCCCCGCAGACACCAAACUCUCCAAAAUCAAAACUCUGAGACUGGCCACAGGGUACAUCGCUCACCUGACCGACAUCCUGCACGCGCACACCGGAGACACGGACACUGAUGAGGAUGAAACCGCAAGUCGGUCGCCUUUGGCACGGUUGGAAGCGCCAGUUACGUCAGCAUCGCUGUGUUUACCAAGUAAGGCCCCGCCCCCUCCGACUCCGCCCAGCAUGGUUCAGGACUGUGAGGAGAUGAUGGAGGUGUGAGGGGCGGAGAUUCUGAUAGAGCUGAAUUAUUCUCAUUUCACAAAGAUUUAACACUGAAUUGCAAUAAAUACAAUAUGUAUAGUUUUGUUUUGAUGUUUUCGUCAACAUGAGUACCCUGUGUGUGUGAAAUGUUCUCAUACUUAUUUUUAUAAAUCUACCUAAGAGAAAAUGCUUUAAUUCAGACUGAAACAAAAUUAAUAAAUUAUUUGUGACAAAAUU